GGAGACAGAGCUGGGGCCCCCAGGCUAUAGGGGGCCAUGAGGACCCCUACAUGGGGCUAUAGGAGAUGCCAAGUGGGACUGGACAGGAUCCCAGCACUAUGUGGCCAUAGGGCCCAUAGGGGAUCCCCAGAAUAUGGGGGUCUAUAGGGACAUAUAGGGCACCAUUGGGGAGCCCAGGCUAUAGGGGACACCAGGGCUACGGGGGACUCUGAUGCCAUACGAGGCUGUAGGGGAUCCCCAGGAGGCCCUGCGGUUCACCAUGCCCCCGCGACGUUCGGCCCGCAUCCAGGGUGCCUCAUCCAGCUCUGGCUCCUCUGCUGGGCUGGGCACUGGCUCCAGCCCUGCACCGGGGUCAGGCGGGGCACGGAGCAGCCCGCCGCCGUCGCCGACAGCCCUCAACAGCCCGCACCUCAGCAGCGGUGACUCCGGCAGCGACUUUGAGGACACGUUGCAGCCGCGCGGCAAGCGGGGACCCCGCCAGGCGCUGAGCCAUGGCCCUGUCUCGAAGCGUCCCCGGAGGAGGGAGCCCAGCAGGGACAGGAGCAGUCCAACGGCGAGCAACCCGGAGCAAAACACCCUCUUUGAGGCCGUCAGGUCGGCCAAGAUCGCCAUCGAGACGGUGGUAGAUGACUGGCUGGAGACUUACAAGCAGGACCGUGAGAUGGGCUUCCUGGAGCUUGUCAACUUCAUCAUCCGCUCCUGCGGCUGCAGAGGCGUGGUGACCCCAGAGAUGUUCAGGCACCUGCAGAACUCGGAGAUCAUCCAGCAGCUGACGGAGAAGUUCAAGGAGGAUUCAGCUGAGUACCCACUUUCACUGGGCACCCAGCCCUGGCGCCGUUUCCGGGCUGGCUUCUGCGAGCUGGUGACCGCGGUGGUGCGGCGAUGCCAGUACAGCGUCGUCUACGAUGAGUUCCUGAUGGAUGCCCUCAUCUCCCUGCUCACCGGCCUCUCUGACUCCCAGGUGCGGGCUUUCCGCCACACCAGCACCCUGGCAGCCAUGAAGCUGAUGACGGCGCUGGUGAACGUGGCGCUGGGCGUGAGCUUGCACCAGGAGAACAACCAGCGGCAGUACGAGGCCGAACGGAGCAAGGGACCCGGCCACCAGGCCACUGACAAGCUGGAGGCGCUGCUGGAGAAGCGCCGGGAGCUCCAAGAGCAGCAGGAGGAGAUCGAGAACAUGAUGAACGCCGUCUUCAAGGGCGUCUUUGUGCAUCGCUACAGGGAUGUGGUGCCGGAGAUCCGGGCCAUCUGCAUGGAGGAGCUGGGGACGUGGAUGAGGAGCUACGCGGCCUCCUUCCUCACCGACGGCUACCUCAAGUACAUUGGCUGGACCCUGCAUGACAAGCAGCGGGAGGUGCGGCUGCAGUGCGUGAAGGCGCUGCAGGGGCUGUACUGCCGUCGGGACACGGCCGCCCACAUGGAGCUCUUCACCAGCCGCUUCAAGACCCGCAUGGUGUCCAUGGUGCUCGACAAGGAGCCCGACGUGGCCGUGGAGGUGGUGAAGCUGCUGACGCUGAUGCUAGAGAACAUGGAGGAGGCACUGACGGAGGAGGACUGCCAGAGCGUCUACCCCGUGGUCUACGUAUCCAGCCGGGCACUGGCCUCUGCUGCUGGCCUUUUCCUCUACCGCAGGCUGCUGGACCCCCAACGAGAGCCGUCUCACGAUGGGGACAACAGGACCUUCUUCCGGCUGCUUCUGGCCUUCUUCAUCGAGAGUGAGCUCCACGAGCAUGCAGCCUACUUGGUGGACAGCCUGUGGGACUGUGCCGGGCCCCGGCUGAGGGACUGGGAGACCAUCAGCGCUUUGCUGCUGGAGGAGUCGCCCACCAAGGGUCUGACGGACCAGCAGGAGAAGGCACUGGUGGAGAUCCUGGCAGCCAGCGUGGUCCAGGCGGCAGAGGGGCAAUCCCCGGUGGGCCGCGGCCCUGUCAAGAAGCCCUCAGCCCGGGAGCGCAAGGCGCAGGUGGAGGAGAGGACCCGGCUCACCCACUGCCUUGUCCCGGCCCUGCCCCAGCUGCUGGCCAAGUUCUCAGCCGAUGCCGAGAAGGCGGCUCCGCUCCUGGAGGUGCUGCGCUGCUUCGACCUCAGCAUCUACCGCACCGGGCGGCUGGAGAAGCACUUGGAGCUGGUGUUGGGGCAGCUGCAGGAGGUGGUGGAGAAGCACACGGGGCGGACAGUGCUGGAAGCUGCAUCCCACGCGCUUCACGUGCUGUGCAACCCCGAGCUCGCCCUGCGUGGCCACGGGGAUCUGGUGCGUAGCCGCCUCGCUGACCAGCUGGCCGACAAGUUCCACCAGGAGGUCACCGAGCUGCUUCAGGGCCCUGCUCAGGCCUCGUCCCUGGACGAGGAGGAGGUGUACAGUAUGGCAGCCACGCUGAAGAGGAUCUCUGUCCUGUUCAACGCCCACGACCUGACGCCCUGGCAGCUCUUCGAGCCCUGCGCCCAGCUCCUCCAGCGCGCUGUGGACACGGGCGAGGUGCCCCCGCAGGUCCUUGUCCCCGCCAUCACCUGCCUCCACUUCCACGUCCUCUGGGAGCUCUCGCGCCUGCCCAGCACCGAUGUCCCCCAGGAGCAGCUGCGGAGCCUGAAGGCCAGAGUCACCUCCUUCUGCUCGCUGUGUCAGAGCUGCCUGUCCGACAUGGACGCUGGCGUCCGGGAGCAGGCCUUCGUGGUGCUCAGCGACCUGCUGCUGGUGUUCGGGCCCCAGCUGCCGCGGGAUGGGCGGGAGGCACUGGCCCCACUGGUGCUGCUGCCUGAUGCAGGGCUGCAGUCCCAGCUGGCUGCCUUCCUUAUGGACCACGUCUUCCACCACGCCUGUGGCCACGAGGAGCUCUCGGCCACAGAGGACAGCGAGAACCGCAUUGAGGAGCUGCACCAGCGCCGGGUGCUCCUGGCCGGCUUCUGCAAACUCAUCAUCUACGAUGUGCUGGAGCUCAGUGCCGCCUCUGACGUCUUCAAGCAUUACGCCAAGUUUUACAACGACUACGGGGACAUCAUCAAAGAGACUCUGAACUGCAUCCGGCAGAUUGACAGGCAGGAGUGGGCUCGCACCCUGCUGCUCAGCUUGCAGCAGCUGAUGACGGAGCUGCUGCUGCAGCAGGGCCCCGAUAUCCGGGCAGCUGAGGCUUUCCUGGAGAUCCGGGACCUGGCGCGACGUUUCUCCCUCCUCUUCAGCCUCCACCAGCUCCGCAACCGCUCGGCACUGCUCAGCAUGCACAAGGAGGGGAUCCAGUUCGCCUUCCAGGAGCCUCCAGGCCCCGAGCUGGGGCUGCCACCCCUCAACCUGCCCUUCCUGGAGGUGCUGAGCGAAUUUUCACCCCGGCUGCUGCGUCCUGACAAGGUCCUGCUCCUGUCCUACCUGGAGAAGACGUGCCAGGAGCUGCGGUGGUCAGCACCAGGGGACACGCCGUGGCCGUCCCUUGUCACCUACCGCAACUCCCUGCAGCCGCAGGAGGAGGGGGGUUCGGUGAGCAGCCGCAGCACGGCCAGCCGCUCACGCCCCACUCCCAGCUCCGCUGCCAAGAGACCCCGUGUGGAUGCCCCCCUGGAGCACCCCGACUCCAGCCCGUGGCCAAGCAGCCGCCUCCCCAGCCCGGCCCUGACCUCCACCGCCCUGCGGGGUGGUCCCCGGCCCCCCCUGCCCUGGCCACCAGCACAGGACCCUGGCUCUGACCCUGGCCCCCUGCAGAGCUCCCUGUCCCGCGGGCGCAGCAGGAUGAACCGGCUCAGCCUGAUGGUGGAGGAGGAGGAGGAGGAGGAAGAGGAGGUGGCUAUUGAAGAGGAGAGCAGCGAGGACACCCCAGAUCAGGACAGGACUCUGCUGGCCCCCGAGGACCGGCUCCGGGACCUCUUUGACUCCACCAUCCUGGGCAUCGAGGUGGGUUGAGGGCAAUGCACGGGGUCCCCGGAGCAAGAAGGACCCCAAAGAAGAGCCCUCCCCAUGCUUUGGAGGGGGGGGGUCUCACAGGGACCCCCUCUCCCCACAGGAUGUCUGAUUGAGGGAGCCCUGGCAGCGCUGAGCCCCUUCGGUGCCGUUAUUGUUGUUGUGAGCCCAAAUCUGGGGGAGCCUGGCUCCCCAUGCCCCGUUCGGCGAUGGUUAAUAAAUACUCAUUGGACAGACA